AUGCGGCAGCUGGAGGACUUCCUCAUAGCCCACUGCUUCUACCCGGGGCUGAUGCAAGGAAAGCUGGACCAGGCGGAGCGCUCCCUGCAGGUGCACUCAGCUGCUAGCCGGGAUCAGCGGCCAGAGAACCUGCCCAGGCUGGCAGCUGCGCUCGACCAGUGGCUGUCCACCGCCACAGGGCUGCUGACCCUGCUUGACGUCAACGUGACGGCGGCCGCCGUGGGCACGGAGGCCGCCAAGGCGCGGCGGGCAGCGCUGGAGAAAAAGCAGGAGGAGGUCAGGCGGAACGUGAAGGCGGACCUUGAUUUGCGGGGCGCCCACGGCCAGGAUAUGCUGCUUGAUGAAUAUGAUCUAUUGGACGAGGACAGGGCGGCGGCCUUCGGCUUCGGGGCGCCCCCCGCGCUGCCCGCGGGCGGCGGGGGCGGCGGCGGGGGCGGGGCCGCGGGGCGCGCGAAGCGGGACGCCCUCACCCGCGACGACCUGGCCACCCUGCUGCGCGCCUUCAAGGCCCUCGACCCCGACGGCACCGGCUACGUCACCGCCGAGAAGCUGCGCGCCCUGCUGACGUCAUCGCCGCCGGACGGGGAGGGCCUGACCGAGGCGGAGGCGGCGGAGGCGCUGGCUUUCGCGGCGGGCGGCAGGAGGCGCGGCGGGGGUGACGGCGCUGCAGUUUCAAAUGGGCUGAUAGAUUAUGAGGCGUAUGCAAUGAAGCUUGCUGCGGACGGGCGGGAGCUGUGA